AUGACUUUGGGCAGCAGCGGCGGCUGCGGGAUCAUGUCCGAGCGCUCCCCGGAGGAAGAGCCGCUCUCCGAGGUGGAGGACGCGGAUAUCGACGUGGUGGGCCCGCCCCAGGACGGGGGCAAGUACAGCGAGGACGAGGAGGAGGAGGACGAGGAGGACGACGACGACGAGGAGGACGGCGGCGACCCGCUGGGGCUGGCCCUGCCGCGGAGCGGGGCCGCCAAGGCGCGCAUGGGGGGGUCCCCGGAGCGGCUCUCCCCCGCCGGCGGCUCGGAGCCGGCGUGCGCCCGCGGCGCCGCGCCCGGGGAGAAGGCACCGGCGGGAGGCGGCGGCGGCGGCGCGGGGGGCAAGAACCCGCUGGUGAAGCCGCCCUACUCCUACAUCGCCCUCAUCACCAUGGCCAUCCUCCAGAGCCCCAAGAAGCGGCUGACGCUGAGCGAGAUCUGCGAGUUUAUCAGCGGGCGCUUUCCCUACUACCGGGAGAAGUUCCCCGCCUGGCAGAACAGCAUCCGCCACAACCUCUCCCUCAACGACUGCUUCGUCAAGAUCCCCCGGGAGCCCGGCAACCCGGGCAAGGGCAACUACUGGACGCUGGACCCUGAGUCCGCCGACAUGUUCGACAACGGGAGCUUCCUGCGCCGGAGGAAGCGCUUCAAGCGGCAGCAGCAGCUGCACCCGCCGCACCCCGAGCUGCUGCUGCGGGCCGGGGCCGCCGACCCCGCCGCCUUCCUGCCCGGCUUCGCCUACGGACCCUACGGCUACAACUACGGCCUGCAGCUCCAGGUACCCUCACCACCACCAUCACCACCCCGGCGGCGGAGGCGGCGGCGCCGCGGCGCCUUCCCCUUCCCGGCGCCGCACUGCCCGUUACCGGCUCCGCCGCCUCCUGCCGCCGCGUCCGUCUUCUCCGCCGCCUCGGGGCUGCCCUCGUUCCUGGGCGGCGAGCUGAACUGCAGGAAGUCCUUCUACCACCCCCAGCUGAGCCCCACCGCCCUACCCGCCGCCCUCCUCCAGACCCUCAAGCCGGACCCCACGCCCGCCGGCGGCGGCAGCGGCGGCGGCACCAACCACCCCUCCCGGCCCUCUUUUUCCAUAGACAACAUCAUCGGGGGGGCCGUGCCCCCGCCGCCCAGCACCAACCCCAGCGCCGCUCCUGCCGCUCCAUACCCCGCCGGCCAGGCGGGACCCCCGGCGCAGGUCCUGGCCGUGCUCAGCCCCGCCUUGGCCCCGGCACAGCCCCAGGUCAGCCUGGCACACGAGCCGCUCCUCCAGCCGGCCCAGAACUUCUCCAGUAAAAUCACAACCCUCAGCAGCUGUCAUUUUUAA